AUGUCUGCAGAAACAACCUACGAAAUCCCAGAAACCCAGUACGGGUGCAUCUUCUACGAGAACGGGGGCCCGAUCGAGUACAAGAAGAUCCCUGUGCCUAAGCCUAAGCCUACGGAGAUCCUCAUCAAGGUGCUCUACUCCGGCGUGUGCCACACAGACUUGCACGCGUGGCACGGCGACUGGCCCUUGGACGUGAAGCUUCCGCUCGUGGGCGGGCACGAGGGCGCCGGGGUGGUGGUCGCCAAGGGCUCGAACGUGACGAGCUUCGAGAUCGGCGACCUCGCCGGCAUCAAGUGGCUCAACGGGUCGUGCAUGGGCUGCGAGUUCUGCGAGCAGGGCGCCGAGCCAAACUGCCCCAAGGCAGACUUGUCCGGCUACACGCACGACGGCUCGUUCCAGCAGUACGCCACCGCAGACGCCAUCCAGGCCGCCCACAUCGCCAAGGGCACCGACAUGGCCGGCGUGGCGCCAAUCUUGUGUGCCGGUGUGACGGUGUACAAGGCGUUGAAGACCGCCGACCUCAGCGCCGGCCAGUGGGUCGCCAUCUCCGGUGCCGGCGGUGGAUUGGGCUCCCUCGCCAUCCAGUACGGUAAGGCCAUGGGCUUGCGGGUGCUCGCCAUCGACGGCGGCGACGACAAGAAGCAGUUGUGCGAGUCGCUCGGCGCAGAGGUGUUUGUCGACUUCACCAAGUCCAAGGACAUUGUCAAGGACAUUGUCGACGCCACCGGCGGCGGUGCCCACGGUGUCAUCAACGUGUCCGUCUCCGAGAAGGCCAUUGCCCAGUCCUGCCAGUACGCACGGAUCUUGGGCAAGGUGGUCCUCGUCGGCUUGCCUGCCGGCGCCCAGGUCAAGACCCCGGUCUUCGACGCCGUCGUCAAGUCCAUCCAGAUCAAGGGCUCCUACGUCGGAAACAGACAGGACACCUCCGAGGCCUUGGACUUCUACUCCAGAGGCCUCGUCAAGUCCCCAAUCAAGGUGGUGGGUCUCUCCGAGUUGCCUCAUGUUUUCGAGAUGAUGGAGCAGGGCAAGAUCUUGGGCAGAAUGGUCUUGGACACCUCCAAGUGA